AUGGCAGUGGAAGAAAUCAGGUCAGCCUAUGUUGAGGGUGGGGAGGACCGUCUCAGCGACAGCAGCAGCCUGUCUGCUCAGCUCCUAAUGGCUGAGGAAGCUGUUGUCGCUGACAACGCAGCAUUUCACUUCCCCUACUUUCGGCCUGCAGUGGUGCAGGUGUUGCAGUGUCGCGCGUCCCUGUCAUCAUGGCAUCUUUUUCUCUCUGUUGACACCGCGCGCGUAGCCGACAUCAGCUCGUCAACGCUCCGGCUCUCCAGCUCCGGCCCAGUCGCGUGCCCAGCCGACUCCUCCAACGGCAGUUACCAGUCAGCCUCCCCGCCGCACGGCUCUUCGCCCAGCUGCCAGCAGCUGGUCCAGUGGGCCGACCCCACACUCACCACUGGCGGCCAAAACCUCCAGGGGACUCAGAAAAACGGACGCUCCUCCUCUGCUGCCAAAUGUGGCAUUACAAAAAUCAAUGGCCUGGUGCUGCUGUGUAAGGUGUGCGGCGACGUGGCCUCUGGUUUCCACUACGGCGUCCAUGCCUGCGAGGGCUGCAAGGGCUUCUUCCGGCGGAGCAUCCAGCAGAACAUCCAGUACAAGAAGUGCCUUAAGAACGAAAGCUGCCCCAUCAUGAGGAUCAACCGCAACCGCUGCCAGCAGUGCCGCUUCAAGAAAUGCCUGAUGGUGGGGAUGUCCAGAGACUCUGUGCGCUUUGGCCGAAUCCCCAAGCGAGAGAAGCAGCGCAUGCUGCUGGAGAUGCAGAGCGCCAUGAACAACAUGAUGAACAGCAGCCAGCUGCAGAGCCAGCUGCACGCCAGCCACACACUGCCAAUCGGCAAACCUCUGGCGCCCGGCGCCACAGAAGCUACCUCAGGGACCGCCGGCCCAGCCCCCUCCAGCUCUUCUCCGCCCUCUUCCUCCUCGCUGAGCUCUGGCCAAUCAGACCCCAGCUGCCAGCCCGAACCCGCUGUCGCCAUGGACACCAGUCCGAGCUCGGGGUCGCUCGGCGGGUCGGACAGCGGUGAGGAGGAGGUGAUCGGCUCGGUGACCCGCGCCCACCAGGAGACCUUCAUGUACAACCAGGAGCCUAGCAGCCUGCCGGCCGAGGCCCCACCCCCCGCCACGGGCCCACUGAACAGUGCCGCGGCCAACGACGCCACUAACCUCCGGGCCGAGGAGCGGCAGGACGCCUGGAACCACCACAACAACUUGGUCACCAUGGCGACACAGGACCCCCCGCCCUCCAGCCUGGGGCCCCAGGGCCACGAGGAGAACGGCAGCAACCACUGCCCCUUCAGGCUGUCCAGGACCGCCGCCGCCAGCCACUGUCCCGCCUACACACACGGAGACUUCGGGGCUCCGCCCUCGGAGGGCCCUGCCGGCGGAGCCUACAGCGGGCCCCUGUGGAGAGGAGGGAACAGAAUGCAUCUGGUUUGUCCCAUGAACACCUCUCCCCAUGUGGACCCCCAGAGGUCGGGCCACGAGGUGUGGGAGGAGUUCUCCCACAGCUUCACCCCCGCUGUCAGGGAGGUGGUUGAGUUUGCCAAGAAGAUCCCCGGCUUCAGAGACCUGACCCAGCACGACCAGGUCAGCCUGCUCAAGGCUGGCACCUUUGAGGUGUUGGUGGUCCGCUUUGCUUCUCUCUUCGACGUCAAGGAGCGCACCGUCACCUUCCUGGGCGGGGAGAAAUACAGCGUGGACACGCUGAGGGCCAUGGGGGCCGGGGACCUUCUCAACUCCAUGUUUGACUUCAGCGAGAAGCUCACCAACCUGGGCCUCAGCGAGGAGGAGAUGAGCCUCUUCACCGCCGUGGUUCUGGUCUCUGCAGAUCGCUCCGGCAUCGAGAACGUGAACUCGGUAGAAGCGCUGCAGGAGACGCUGAUCCGCGCCCUGCGGAGCCUCAUCAACAAGAAGCACCCCAACGAGUCGGCCAUCUUCACCAAGCUGCUGCUCAAGCUGCCCGACCUGCGCUCGCUCAACAACAUGCACUCCGAGGAGCUGUUGGCCUUCAAGGUCCAUUCCUGAAGUUUUCUCUCUACUAGCUGACACCCCCUACCCCCUCCCACAACACUAACUGCUAUUAAUGGCCUGGGACCGGGCCUGGAGGCCAACACAGACCACCAGCUCCGCCUGUCCUCACUACCCAACCACACCUGCACCCCCCAACCUUCUCCCAGGAGACUUCAGCUUCUGUUCCUUCAGUCCAUGAAUAGAAGUUAAGGCUCCAACCUGACAUUUAAAAGGGGGAACAAGACCAUACCAUGUUAUUGUACUGUACUGUAGGCUUUUAACGCCUGCGUGAUGGUAAUGCAUACAUACAGACACACUGAUUGAUGUAUAUAUGUUUUCUUGCGUUUGUGUGUGUAGCAUACUGUAUGUUUGCAACUGUACACUUUUCUGUAUAGUGUAGACUGGUUAUUUUUUUUGCAUUCAUAGUGCAAUUUGUGACUGCUUUUUUGGAUUUUAGCUGUAUAGUUUGGAGUCAAGAAACUUAGUGUAUACUUUCAAUUUGAAUAGAUGCUGUGCUCAUGUGAUGAGGGUGAAGUUGUAGAGCUAAAAAAAAAAAAAAAAAAAAAAAAGAAACCCGGACACUGAAUGACUGACGAGGUACAAUUGUCUUAAAAAAAAUAAAUAGAUGACAAUGAGAGGAGGAUUGUGGACGUAAAGCUGCUAAGAGUCCCAGAGAAAUCCGAGAAUGUUUUCAAUCUGAAUGAAUUAGGGAAGCAAAAGAAGGCUUCUCACGCAGUUCUUGCUAUGCUAUGUUUUUGUCAAUAUUUCUAAAUGAUUUGGGCAUUGUGACAAAUGAAAUAUGUCAGUGUCACUCUACUGCCCGCUGAUUUCUAGUCAUGAAUCAGUGCAGGUGCGGAGCCAGAUGUUGUAAAUAUUCAGGGCUUAGCCCAAACCUGGGGGGUCUGGGGCCAUGCUCCAUUCACUGCAGCUGUAUAUAACUAGUUUUCAAGCCAUUUAAUAAUAGAAUGCCUAAAUAUCUUUACAACAUGAUAGUUGCCAAGGAAAAGCAUCAACCUGUCGAGCCUACCUCCAACUGUCUUCAUCAUUCUGAAACCAGAACACCGCAAAUGCUGAGGAUGACUCUUUUUUUUUUUUUUUUUUUACUCCUGUCACCGAAAAAGAGGCAAAAAUUGUAUGUUACUAUUUUAAUAUAGUAAAGAAUUUGGGGUAAACGGCAUUACUAAUCUUUAAACCCAUUUUAGUAGAGUUCACUAAAUGAAUGGUGAUAUUUCCCCAGUAAUAGACAUUUUUGUCAUUGAUUUGCCAGUGAGACUGAGGGGAAAUGACAAAGUUAAAAGUUAUUUUAAAAUGCUAAAACAUUCUGGGCUUUUGAGGACCCCCCCCUCCAGGUCGUGUUGACCCUAACAAGCAGGCGAGUCAGACGUGUGGCGUUGCGGUCGGAUACCGGGGCGGCGUUAGAGGAAAGACAUCCCGCACUUCACGUUGCUUGAAUAAAUAUUUUGUUUUUUACAACACUGUACGGACUUUAGCUGAGCGUAGUUAAACUGAAUAGCUAGCACUAUUCCACAUAAGAUAUGAUUGUAAUGUCACUGAAGUGAUUGUAAUGUAAAGAAAUAAGCUGAGUCGAGGUGACAGCCAAGUCGCUGCUGUUGAGAUAUUCUGCGAUGCCAUCUUUUUUGUUCCUUGUCGGUUAAUUCAGGACGUCUGGCCUUUUUAACAUCCAGAGCUUCUGUCAUUGUGUUAACAUUGCUGACAUGUGGUUCUGUUCUCCUCUGUGAAAGGAUUGCAGUAUGCGUAGAUUUCUAUAUAAAUAUAUAUACAUACUAUGAUACAUGCAUAACCGUAUAGAUGAAUAUAUCUAUAUAAAUACAUUUUAUAAAUGCAGUUUAUGCUGUGAAGUGGUUAUUGAAUUUGUCUGGUUGUCAUUUAGUUAUUCAGAAUCAAUUUAUGUGCUGUUAAAAUUGAAUUUAACUCUGAGUAGGAUUGGGCAUCGAAAACCAUUUAUUGGAAUCUUUUGAAUUUGGUUUUGAUUGCAGUCAUAGGUUCCAACGUCAACAUGCACACAUGCAAGUUUUGGUUUCCGUAGCGGCCGCCGUACUUCCAGGUGCUUGUUGCGUUGCAGCCAUUGAGCACAGUAAGCUGCCCUCUAAAGUGUGGCUUUAUUUUACGUUGAAAUGCCCAGUAAAACUGUAGUAAAAAGUAAAAAAGUUCCUCUUAUCUGUGAAAUAAGCAUGCAACAAAAACUUUCACCCAGGAAAAGUGUGUUCGUUCCUCGGAAAUGUUUUAAUCCAAACCACAAUCUUUCUUUUUUCUAAAGUUAACUUGUCGUUUCGGUGCCUAAAUGUAACUGUCGUGGACGAAUAGCGCAGACUUUUUUUAGGCAUUUCACCUCGAGUGGUUAAGGUUAGGGUAUUGGUCAGGGGAUAGGACCUUAACAUGUAAGCAUGGCCAAUAGUAGUGUGCGAAUGCUAUUGAAGGGCGGGUCUUGGCGUGGCCAUAGUGGGAAAAAAAAUAGUAGGGACUCGCAUCGUGUGUGGACAGUGAUCUGUUCAAACUCCUCUACUCAAAAAAUUGCAAUUGAGAAUUGAAAAGAACCGGAAUUGAACGGAAGAAUUGGAAACAGAAUUGUUAAAAUCAAAACGAUGCCCAACCCUAGGGUUUACUUUCUGUAAGAAAAGUUUCUAUGUCUUCAGCCCUGACAGAUCCACCUGUGUUGAGGUGUUCCAAUCCACAGAACUUGAUUUUAAAAUGUUAUUUCUAAAGUUUUCAAAGAUACCAAAUAUGCCAGGCAAAGUAUAAAAUAAUUAUCAAAAAUAAAGUUAAGUAGAACAUC